AUGAGGAAUCCGUUGCAUCCGACCCCUGCGCCCCCGGGGUUCGGCGAUGGAAAGAUCGCCCCUGUGGUCAACUCCUCCUGGAUAUCGAAGUUGCUCUUUGGAUGGCUCGACCCGUUCUUGCAAGUCGGCUUCUCCCGUCCCCUCGAGAAAGAAGAUCUAUGGGAGCUUCCAGCAGAGAGGCUCACCGACCCGUUAACCGAUGAACUCGAGCGCAACUUUUAUAAACGCUGUCCUCCUGAGAAGCGGCCGCGUUCACGGCGAAAGACCCCAGCCGACCAACAGGAGAGACCGGCCUCGGUGGCAUCGACUUCGAGUGCUACUAUCGAGAACGAGAAACGAUCCACAAACGACAAGAACGGCCUAGAUACGAAACACGCCACGGACGACAAGGAUGACAUAGACAUCGAGGAUAGCGCCGGCUCCAAACCACCCCCUCCUACCGGUGGUAAGAAAGCCAGGAAGGGAAGGAAACGUUCGGAGUCGGGGGCGACCGAGAAAGACAAGAAGCCGAAGUACGACUCGUCCUUGCUGAAGGCACUCAACCGAUGUUACUUCUGGCUUUGGUGGACGUCCGGUAUUCUUACUCUUCUCGGCAAUACGUUGCAGACGACCACUCCUCUUGUAAACCAGCGCCUCCUCAACUGGUUGGAGGAGCGGUAUUACUACUGGCAGGUACCGUCCGCAGACCGCGCUCUCAUCUCGCAGCCCCAAGGCAUCGGCUACGGCAUCGGGCUCGCCUUCGCGAUCUUCGUCAUGCAGGAGGCGUCGAGUCUCAUGACGUGCCACUACACGCUCAUGUCGAUGGAGGUCGGCCUGCUCGUCCGCACGAGCGUCGUCGGCGCGAUCUACCGCAAGUCCCUGCGGCUCAGCGCACGCUCGCGGCUGGAACACAGCGUCGGAAAGAUCACGACGAUGAUCUCUGCGGACGCGACGCGCCUCGAGCGCAACACGUACUACGCACACAACCUCUGGGUCGCGCCCAUCCAGAUCGUCAUCUGCCUCGCGCUGCUGAUCAAGACGCUAGGCUACUCUGCGCUCGUCGGCCUGGGUGUGUUCGUCCUCGGCUUCCCGGUGCAGGUCGCGUGCGCGAUUGUCAUGUUCCAGCAGCGCAGCAAGGGCGUGGUGCUGACGGACAAGCGGGUGCGAACUGUGACGGAGGUCCUCCAGGGCAUUCGCCUCAUCAAGUUCUUCGGCUGGGAGGAGUUCUUCGAGCAUGAAGUCGGUAAGAUUCGGCAGAAAGAAGUCAGUCGGGUCAGGAAGACAGGAUUGGCGUUGGCGAAUCUCAUCAGUGUAGUCACGAUCUUGCCCGUUCUCGCCGCGGUCCUUUCCUUCAUCACCUAUGGACUAAGCGGCCAUGACCUCAACGUAUCCAUCAUCUUCACUGCGCUGCAAUACUUCAAUAUCAUCCGCCAGCCCUUGAUGUUCUUCCCCAUGGUCGUUGCCUCCUGCACAGACUCCAUCGUCGCGCUCGGGCGUAUCAGCGACUUCCUGACCUCCGAAGAGCUCGACGAGCCGUACACGAUCCAGUCCGAAAGCAAGUUCGCCGUCGACGUCGAGGGCGACUUCACGUGGGAGACCGCGCACAAGCCUCCCCCGGAGGAGUUGCCAGACUUGGCCGGCGCGGAUCGAGGCAAACAUGGCCCGUCGAGAGGCCGACCGCCGCAGGACAAGAAGGAUAAGCAGAAGGCGGAUGGCAAGCGCAGUGGCGGAUGGUUUGGCAGGAAAAAGAAGGACGAGCCUGUGCUUCCUACCGAGGGGUCUCAAGAAAAGACCAAAGAUGAGGAGCAGGAGGAAAAGCCGUUCGAGUUGAAGGACCUUAACUUCAAGGUCUCGGGCGGAUCGUUCGCUGUCGUCCUGGGGCCCAUUGGUUCCGGCAAGAGUUCCUUGAUGCAAGCUCUCAUCGGCGAGAUGCGAAGAACGAAGGGACAUACCGUUUUGUCAUCGUCGGUCGCGUACGUACCACAGAAUGCCUGGAUCAUGAACGCCACCCUCCGAGAGAACAUCGUCUUUGGCCGCGAAGAUAAGGAAGAAAGGUUCCGCGCCAUAGUGAAGGCAUGCUGUCUUGAACGUGACCUUGAGAUGUUGCCCUACGGCGAGAAGACUGAGAUCGGAGAGAAAGGCAUUAACUUGAGCGGUGCGUCCAUGUAUUUCGCUCGCGUCUCUCUCGCUCGCGCCGCAUACUCGGACGCCGACAUCAUUCUCAUGGACGACUCGCUCAGUGCGAUCGAUGCCCACACGGGAAAGAUGAUUCUGGACAACCUCUUUUUGAACGGUCCUCUCGCUGGCAAGACCCGCGUCCUCGUAACCCACGCUCUCCAUGUCCUGGACAAAGCCGAUCAAAUCUUCGUCAUGAAAGAUGGUACUAUUGUCGAGCGCGGCUCCUUUGAGGUUCUAAUGAAAGAUAGUGUCACCUUCUCGCGCAUGAUUGAGGAAUACGGAAACAUGGAGAAGGAGAAGGUCAAGGCUGAGGCCCAAGCCGUCGAGAAGGUUGACGAGUCUGUGGCUCUCGGCGCAAGCAAGGAGUCCGACGUCGCGCAACCUCAGCUCAUGCAGGAAGAGGAGCGGCUCACAGGAUCGGUGUCAUGGAAGACAUAUGGCGCUUUCUUCCGCUACGCCGGUGGCCUUGCGUGGGCUCCAUUGCUCUUGCUGUUGGUUGCCCUUAUGCAGGGUGCUCAAGUCGCGAACAAUUUGUUCCUCGGAUACUGGACUGCGGGAAGUAUCAAGGGAUUCAACCAAGGGGACUACAUGGGAACAUACGCUGCGCUCGGUGUGGCUAGUGCCCUCUUUUCAUUUGGCGUCAGCUAUGCCUUGACUACCUCUAGUCUCCUGGCGGGAUACAGCAUGUUCCAGAAGGCCUUUGCCCAUGUGAUGCACUCGUCGGUGUCCUUCUUCGACACAACGCCAAUCGGGCGCAUCAUUUCCCGCCUUUCGAGAGACCAGGAUACUAUCGACGCGGAAAUCUCCAUGACCCUCUUCGUGGUACUGGCUACAUUGGUCAACAGCUCGGUGGUAGGAACGAUAUUCCUGGUGUUCUAUACAUUCCCCUACCUAGGCAUCAUCUUCGUUCCCUUGGGCAUUUUCUACAUGUUCGCCGCCGUCUACUACCGCCGCAGCUCGGUUGAGACAAAGCGCUUGGACUCCAUCCUGCGGUCUAAGUUGUACUCUGCCUACGCCGAAUCACUCACCGGCAUCAGCACUGUCCGGGCAUACGGAGAAGAGGAUCGGUUCAUUCAGAAGACGGAGUAUGGUCUCGACGUCGAGAAUAGGGCCUACUACAUGGUCAUAGCUAUCCAGCAGUGGCUCAGUACUCGGCUCGAUCUGCUGGGCAACAUCCUUGUCCUUGGUAUCGCUCUCUUCGCGGCCGGCUUCAGCAAGACGAUCAGUCCGAGCAAAGUCGGCGUCGUGUUAUCGUACACGCUGAGCAUCACGCAGGUCUUCUCGCAGGUUGUUCAGACGUAUGCGCAGAACGAGCAGAACUUCAACGCUGUAGAGCGUAUCCUGCACUACGCAGAGCUGCCGUCUGAGGGCGACUACACGAAGCCUGACGAUCCACCCGCGGCGUGGCCAGAGAAGGGCGAGAUCCAAUUCAAGGAUGUCGACUUGGCGUACCGCGAAGGCCUGCCGCUCGUCCUGAAGCAGGUCAGCUUCUCUGUGCGCCCAGGAGAGAAGAUUGGCAUCGUCGGCCGUACUGGUGCCGGAAAGAGCUCGCUGAUGCAGGCGUUGUUCCGCACGGUGAACAUCGCCGAUGGAUCCGUCGAGAUCGACGGGGUGGACACGCGCAACAUCGGGCUGAAGACGCUACGGAAUCGCUUAGCCCUAGUCCCGCAAGACAACGUGCUCUUCAAGGGCACGUUGCGUCAGAACCUUGAUCCAGAAGGCACGCGUACGGAUGCGGAACUGAUCUCUGCCCUGCAGCGGACGUGGCUGUUGCCGAAGGACGGCAUGCACGAUGCCGCGGCGGAGGCGAAGUUCAGCCUGGACUCGCUUGUCGGUGACGAAGGGUCGAACUACUCCGCAGGGGAGAAGCAGAUGUUGGCUCUGUGUCGAGCGUUGGCGAAGAACAGCCGCAUCAUCGUUCUCGACGAGGCGACGAGCAAUGUUGACCUCGAGAUGGACGCGAAGCUGCAGAGGACGAUACAGAAGGAGUUUGCGUUGUCUACUCUUCUGUGUAUCGCGCAUCGUCUGAACACUAUCGUGUACUACGACCGUGUACUGCUGAUGGACGCGGGUCAUGUGGCAGAGUUCGACACGCCCCUCAACCUCUUCGACAAGGAGGACUCGAUAUUCCGCUCGCUCUGCGACCAAGCAGGACUAUCGAGACAAGAUAUCCUGCGCAUCCGGUCCAACGUCCCCGUGUCUCCUACUGUGGCUUCAUGA